AUGAAUGUUGUGAUAAUCUUUCAGCCCUACCACCAGCAGCUGACAGCUUUCCAGUCAAGGGAUGAACGUGAUUAUCCUCACAGGUUUUCAUUAGAGUGCGCCGGCUUUUCAGUGCAAGGUAUUGAUACGGUGUCCGCCAUAUAUGGAGAAACAAUCACUGUGCCCUGCAAUGAUAAUAAAAAGCUGCCUGAGGGAGUGGUGUUUGUGAAAUGGAAAUACGAACGUAAAGACGGUACUUCUCAAUCGCUCCUGACAAAGUCUGUAGUGAAGGACAGAGCAGACUUUGAUGCCAGUCCGGAGUAUGUCGGUAGAUUGGACAUUGAUAAGCAGAAUGAAUUGCUGGUUUACAAUGCAACCCUUCAGGAUCAGAGGAGGUUCAACUGCAUGAUCGCCACGUCAUCAGAUGUCAUUGAGCAUCUUGUGAAUGUCAAAGUGUAUAAAAAACCUUCCAAACCUGAGAUUACAGAAAGUCCAAAGUAUCUGGAUGUUGGAAAGCUUCAAAUGAUCGGUAAAUGCAUUUCAAAGGAUGGCAAUCCUCAGGGCAACACCACAUGGUAUAGAAAUGGAGCUCUCCUGGAGUCUGAUGGUAAAAGUAAGAAAGCUUUUUAA